UCAUUGUCUGCCCUUGGGCGGAGAGGGGAGGUGAUCGGGCCGGAGGAGGACGCACAAUGAGGGCCUUGCGGAUCUCCCAGGCACUGGUUCGAGGCUUCAGCAACAGCGCCCGGAACCGCUUUGAGAACCGAGUGGCAGAGAAACAGAAACUCUUCCAGGAGGACAAUGACAUCCCCGUGCACUUGAAAGGCGGUGGAAUGGACAAUCUCCUGUACAGACUGACUAUGCUGCUUUGCACAGGGGGUACCAUCUACACCUUGUACUUCCUUGGCUGGGCCUCCUUCCCCCACAAGAAGAGCUAGGAACCUGCAGGAGCAGAGGACAAGUAUGAACCCAUGCUGGAGUAUGGGCUGGGCACUGCAAGGAUUCUGAAGCUCUGGGUUCCACCUCCAGCACCCCCAAAAUAAAUAAAUGUGCUGGCCCCUCAGGAA